UAAUCCUUACAAUAGUACUGACAAUCAUAACUCCACUGCAUUAUUCGUCCAGUCUCAAGAUCCCGCCACUACCAGUCGAGACAACGCAGUUGAACCCGGGCAGUUCUGCAAGUCCCUGCAAGAGCCAUCACCCGCUCCAUCACUUCUGCCGCCGAAUCUUUUUUUUUUUUUCCCCUCUGCGGCCCCGUUGCGACCACUCGCCGGAGUACAAGACCACCACCCCAACACACCUCACCCUGCCACGUCGAUUUAAAAAAUACGAUUGUUGCCCAAUACACCGCUCCUUACAGUCCCAACCUGCAUCAAUCCCGCGCCAUUUGUCCAUCGACCUCCGAUCCACCAUGGCUCCCAAGCGUUCCCGCGACGAGACCACCUCCGAAGAGAAGCGGACCACCACCGAUGCCCCCGUGAAGAAGAGAAAGGGCUUCUCCGUCGGGCCUGCAAACCUACCCGAUGGUACCUACCGUCGUAAAGCCCAGAAGAUCAAGUCCGACUUGAUCCAAAAAGCCAAAGUCAGAAAAGCGUACGCCAAAGUCCGAGCCGCAGAGCUUGCCGCCGCCCCAUCGAACCCGAGAUACACGGCCGAGGACGGUGACGAUGCGGAGAAAGAGGACAGAACCCCAGAGCCCGAACCGGCGUCGUUGGAACUUCACCCGGACCGACAGGCUAUGCUAGACCAGCCGGCCCCGGAGCCGGAGCCGGCUCCUAGGCCACAGCGCGGCGACAGGCGAGAUGCCAGGGGCCGUCGGGUGCGGAAACCGAAGCCCUCGGCCUUCAGUAAGGAGAUGGAGAUUGCGGAGAAGCGCCGACAGGAGGCUGAGAAGCGGAGGGAGGCGCGCGAGUUCCGGCAGAAGGAUCGCGAGGCCAUGGCGCGGGCUAGACGGCCGGAUCAGCACGGCAAGAGGAGACUGGGAAGGGAAAGCAAGGUGCUGUUGAGUCGCGUGGAACGCAUGGUUGGACAGGCCUAAACGGAUGGUUGGAGGGGCAGGCAGUAGAAGGGAGUAAAAGUUCUGAAUAUGAUACCCGCUAAGCAAUGGCUACGUUUGAUUUUGCGCAGAUCAAGAGGUUACUGGUCCAAAU